AUGGAUAACCAGUCGGAAAAAAAGAGCAGGAGAAAUCUAUCAGAGCUAAUAGAAAACAGUGCAAAUGACCCAGAGCAGGCAAUGGUGCACAGGAAAUACCUCAUGUACAAGGAAGAGUAUGUAAGGUCUUUCACGCUGACCCAGUACAUGAUCCAGAAGCUCCGCGGGAGUCUUAUUAAUAGUUUUGUGCCAGGGGCUGUUGGAUGGACUCUUCUCUACUCCUCAGAGAUGCACGGGUACUCGCUGAAUACACUCAUAUCGCAGGCGAUGAAAGGGCCCAGCAGAGGCUGCUUUAUUCUCUCUGUGAUAGAGGACCUUUGCACACAAAGCGAGUACGAGAGAGUCUUUGGCGUGGUGUUUUUUGAAAAGCUGCGGUACGAAAAUUCAUCGUUUGGCACGGGGGAUACUUCUCUGUUCAGGUUUAGAACACCGAGAGAGCAGAACAUGGGAGCGGGCCCAAAUGCGCUGCUGAACAUAUACAGCGCAAACACAGGCAUUGAAAAGCGCAUGUAUAUUAUGGCAAAGAGAGAGUAUUUGGCGUUUGGCUGCGGGAGCGGCAAGUUUGGGCUGCGCCUGGAAAAGACUCUUCUUCAGGGCGAGUCAAAUGCGGUGGAGACAUUUAACAACGAAGUGCUGAGCCACAGAGAGAAGUUCAACAUCCGGCAGAUUGAGCUGUGGCAUGUAAGGACGUAA